AGGGAACAAAAAACCGUAGGACUCGAAACAAACGACGGGCAAGAUCGUCAAGAUGCGCUCUCAGUCCUCCGGUGAUAAAGGGGGACUGGCCUCACUGGAAAAUUAUAUAUAUAUCGACUGCGCGAGGCGGCAUUGUGGUUUUUUGGUAUAGAGUUUCGCCUCCGAGAUCGGCAUCUGAACCAGAUAUACUCUUCUGCUUUCUACCAAUAUCAUCAUCUUCACGAACCGGUUUCAAAUAGAAAACAGAGUCAGUUCGUACAAAAUGGGGGAAUACACUCAGGCCAACGAUAACCCCCGUGUACCCUUUUCCCAGCGUCCCAUCAUCAUUCUCGGGGCUGGUAUCAUCGGUUGCGCCACAGCUCGACAGCUUCUACUCAAUGGCUUUCCUGUUGCUCUGGUGGCUGAAUAUCUACCAGGAGAUCAGAACAUCAACUAUGCCUCCGCUUGGGCGGGUGCAGCAUGGCAUGCUGCCGGGGGUAUCUGCCCAGAGUAUAGAUACUUCCAGGCUGUCACCCAUCGCCACCUGCUCAAGAUGGCUCAGGAAGACCCCGAGUCUGGCGUCUGUGUCGUGGAUGCACGGGAAUACCUUGAACAACCCCCGGGAGAGAAUUCCUCGGUUUGGGGAAAGACCGUGCUGUCAAACUUCCGUCACUUGAAGGCAGGCGAAUUCCCUUCGAACUUCGACACUGCCUGGGCCUACGACACACUCGUUACAGAUCCCACCCUUCACAUGCCUUGGCUCGGAAAGCAGAUCACUGCUCUGGGAGGGCAGUUUAUUCGAAAGAAGGUCGAGUCUCUUCAGGAGCUCUACGCCCUGUUUCCCGAGUCGACUGUCUUUAUCAACGCCAGUGGCGUGGGGAGUAAAGCCCUCACCGAUGUUAUGGACGACAACUGCUUCCCCGAAAGAGGGCAGAAUGUUUUCCUCAAGACCGAAAACUGCAACCAAAUGUUUUUCCGGAAUGGCAAGCAGUACACCUACAUCAUCCCUCGACCAUUGUCAAAAGGUGUUGUACUAGGAGGUGUCAAGCAGCAAGAUGACCUCUCUCCCGAGGUAGACAUGGAAAUCGCACGGGAUGAACUUGCUCGCACCCAUAUUCUAGCGCCGCACAUCGUUCCUGAACACCCAGCCGAAGAUACGAUCAGCCAUAUCAUUGGUAUCCGCCCCUCGAGACGAGGUGGAUUCCGUUUGGACUCUGAGAAUAUUGGCAACCGUACCAUUCUCUCCGCCUACGGAUUCGGCGGAGGCGGAUAUGCCUUUUCCUACGGUGUGGCCGAUGCCUUGGCCAAGAUGGUGGAGAGGACUGAGCGCGAGAGUGUGAUUUGAUAAUUGCAGCCCAGCGAUUCUACUAUUUAAUGUUGCUAUUUCUUGUGGACAUGGUCGAACAGAACGCCUUCCACGACUGUUGACGCAGUUUUUAUUAUCUUUUUAUGUUUUAUUUCUUGAGACAUGCCCGGUGCACGUUUGAUGUUUCUGCAUAUAUGUUGAUACCAAGAUUUCGAUCGCCAGAGCAAAUACCAAUUCACGACUAAUAUGAUACUUUCGAUAU